GGUUGUCUUUUUUCUCUCCAUCCAUCAAACGGCUAUCUGAUCCACACAGUAGCCGGAGAAAAAAAAAAAAAAGCAGAGAACAAUCUUCAAUAAAUUAUCUGAGAUUCUUUCUCAAUUAAUAAACUUCCAGAUUCGGAAAAAUCAAUCCUUUUCCAAAAAAAAAAAAAAACCCACAUUAACAAUGGAUUUUUCAACACCUCCUUCCCGUCUCGCUCGGAGAAACAAUACCACCACUCUCGUCAAAACCAACGGAGAUUCUCCGAUUCCGUCUCUCGAUUUGGUCCUAUCCUCUCCCAAGAGCAACGAUACUCCUCUUUACCCGUCUCCCGCCUCACUAUACUCACCGUCUUCCCCUGUUACGCUCCGCGAGAUCCUCCUCUUGUCCCCUUCCCCUCUCCGGAAAUCGAGGACCCGUUUAGCGAAUCGGUUCGAGAUGGAGGCCGCGGAGGCUGCGCGGCGGUGCAAGACGAAGGGAGGGCAGAGCGGUCUUUUGGGUAGUGCGUCGCCGAGGAGUUGCCGGAGAUCGAGGCGGAGGUCGGAGGUGGUGGUGGUGGAGGAGGAGACGAAGCCUGUUGUUGUUGUGUUGACGGAUGAAAAAAUGACAAAGCCGAGGAAGCAUAAGAAGACGGGUCGGUCUAAGAAGGAGAAACAGAGUUCGUUGCCUUCUUCAGAUCUGAGUAAAGAUGUUUGUGAAGGUGAUUUGGAGCGGAUUAGAGAGAAUAUCAACGAUUUGAUCAUGUGGAGAGAUGUUGCAAAGUCGACCCUUUGGUUCGGUUUUGGGUGUUUGUGUUUCUUAUCUUCUUGCUUUGCUAAAGGUUUUAGCUUUAGUGUUUUCUCAGCGGUCUCUCAUGUUGGACUUCUGUAUCUUGGGGUAUCGUUUUUGUCACACUCUCUUCGCCAAAGGGUGAUUGAAGAAACAGAGGGGAGAGAGGUUAAAGUGAGUGAAGAGGAUGUGUUACGAGUAGCUAGAAGAAUGCUUCCCAUCACGAAUUUGGUGAUUUCAAAGAUGACCCAGCUUUUCUCUGGCGAACCAGCAAUGACACUUAAAGUGGCACCCUUUGCUCUAAUAGGAGCCGAGUAUGGUUACCUCAUAACAUUGUGGAGGCUAUUUGCUUUAGGUUUCUUCCUCAGCUUCACCGUCCCAAAACUCUACUCAUCUUAUGCUAGUCAGAUUAACCAAAAAGUUGAAAAUGCACAAAAGAGAAUAGUUGAAGCGUGGGGAAUAUGCACACACAAGAAGUUCGUGGCAGGCUCAAUGAUCACUGCCUUCUGGAACCUGACUAGUCUCAAGAUCCGUUUCUUCACAGUGUUCAUCAUAGUGGUAGUCAUCAGAUACAAAAGGCAGAAUGUACAGUUAGAUUCCGAAGAAGAUGAGGAGAAGCAACCAGAAGGACAAACUCAAACGGAGCAACCGGAGGAGAAGACAACAUCGCCGCCAAUAGAAGAAGAGCAAGCGUUAGUAGUGGUGGCUGCAGAAACCGAAGCACCACCACCAAAGAAGCUUUAAAGUCUAUUGAAACUUGUUGUAACAUCAAUGUUAUUACGAAUAAAUAGUUAAAUACCUUUUCAAUUA